CACCCAGCCCCCCGUGUCCUCCCCCGCGCUUGGAGCAGCGCCUGGAGCGUCGGCGGCCGGGGCUCCGCUUUUCGCAAGCAGACAAUAUUAUUGUGGAAGAUUAGUCACAUGCCUCCCACCCAUUCCCUGCCUCACAUGCUAUGUCAUGCAAGCUUUGAAACCCUUAGCACCUCAUUUAAAUGAGUGAGUAACUGGGCAGGCAUAAUGGAAGGCACGCAUACUGUCCUGCAAUUGCACACACCCAUUAUGGAGCUUUGCUACAUCAGCUUCUAUCUUCCGGAGGGCAAAGUCAGAGGAUUUACUUACAAGGGCUGUCUGACUCUGGACAGAACCAGGAAACGCUUCUGCAGCUGCUAUCAAGUGCAGGAGCAGUUAGAGAUGGAGCUGAAAGAACAGCCAUAUGAAAGCUUUGGAGAGAUUAUUUUCCAUCAGACUACCACCAAAGACAUUCUCAUGGAGCUGUACAAAUUGACUGCUGACAAGGAGAGACCGUGGAGAUCACGCCACGUUCCAGGCCUUAACACGGGACAACAGGAGGGAAAGCGGCAGAAUGUUGCUGGAGUCCCAAAACUUAAAGGUGAGGAUUACUCCAGCUUCAUAUCUCAGCAGAAAAUCUUUCUGGAUUCCACAAACAAAGACAGUUUGAAUCAAGCAAGAAUGAGGAAAUACAGAAGGAAGGAGAGCUUUCAGGAAUUCAGACACCGGAGAGGGGGAAAAAAGAUACACGAGCAGCAUCUUUCUGUAAUGAGCACGCCAGAUAUGCAACUGCAAAAUAAGAAGAGAAUCCCCACAAGAUUUCCUAACAGGAGCUUUCCCAGUUCCUUUUCUACCUCCAGAUGGGUGACAAUAAAAUGUAAGGAUGAUUUCCCAGUAGACAGUAGCAUACAACCAGAGGAGUGGACAGGAGAAGGGUAUUUUCUUGACAGCAAAAGAGCUGUGAAAGUGGAUGCUGACAUAACGAGUUCCAGCUCAAAACACAGCAAGGACCUGGCUGCAGCUGAACUGGUGGAUGAUAGAGAAUGCACUCCUGGAGUUACAAAGGUACAACAGAGUACUUUGGUAAAACCACCUCAGGACUGUCUAUCUAACAAACUUGAGACAUUGAGUGAGUCUGCAGCUGCUAAAAGCUUGACAAGUAGCAUGCACACUGAGCUGACAUGCAAGGGGAAACCAGGAGUCACAGCUGUUGGAGAAGUACAGGAUUCAGGAGCUUGUAUUAAAGUUGCCAAACCCCUUGCAGAAUCUUUACCUGAUUUCCACAGAGAUGAAGAAACCAUUUCUGCUGUUCUCACAACAGUCCCUCAUGAGUUUCUGUCAAAAACUGGAGUAUGCAGCAGAGAGGAGGCUGCUGGAGACUUGAAGAGCAUCAGGUUGCAGGAAAAGGAGCAGGACAGCUCUGGUUUGCAGCAGAAAGCAGAGAGAGUGCCCAUUACUGAUGAGUCAUGCAACCUUCUGGGAGCAGUCAAUAAAGCUCUUCUCAAAGUUAUACGGAGUGACAGUUUGGAUGAAGCUGCUGAAUGGAAGAGGCUGCACCAAAUUAGCAGAGUAGAGAGAAACCUGCCAGGCUCAGUACCUGAGAGGAGAACCCCAGUGUCCCGUGGAGGCAGCAAGCAUCUAGUUUUGAACCUGCCUGUAAAUGAAAGUCCUGAUCUUUCUCAGGCAAGCAAUCAUCUUAAACUGGAAGAGAAAAGGCUGCCUUCACCCUUGCUAGCAGCAGUGAGUAAUGUGUUCAGUAGUUCGUCCCCACUGCCUAGCACACACAGACAGAUGUCACCAAUCCCUUCUCCGCUGGCUUCCAGACUGCCCAGCCCGCAGCUGCAUCACCGCAUCCUCCCCUUACCAGCACAGCUCACCGGGGACGAGCCUGCAUUCAGUGACUAUGGCAGUGGGAGACAUGGUGCUAUAAACUUCUCUUUUACUGACUUGGAGCCACAGUUUUACCUGAAGCUUUCUGACCCUGCAGAGUUGGGAUUUGCCAGCAGACAGCCAGACUUGCUUCAGAACGCAACUGAAGGGCGCAUCGAGAAGCGCGCGCUGCACGACGAGCUUCCUGCUCAGGCACAGCACAGUUUCUGUCCAGCAGAGUCUGCUUUAAAGGAUGACUUCACUGAACAGCUGACUAAUUUGGAUAUGGCAAACAAAGAUGAAGACACUUGGGUUUUGGAUUGCAGAUUGGGGCACUCAAACCCAUUUGCUCAUACAAAUGAGAGAGAGAAGAUCAACAGAAAUGUGUUGCAUUUGAGCCUGGAACUGAAUGUGAGUAGGACUCUAUUCGUGCUCUAUUGGCUUUCAACCAACAUUUAUUAUAUGCAUUUACAUUGCUGGUGUGUCUAAAACCAUGUUCCAAAGUAUCUGACAAGCUGGGUGGUGUUCCAGAUGGUUUGUGAGUCCAUGUGGCCUAUGUGCACCUCAGCCCCAGAACGUUCUUAAGGCUGUGUAAAUAGAUGAAGAUACAUCAUGUGUCUGCUCUAAAAUCGUGAGGGAGGUUUAACUGAAAUCAGGUGGAAAUGGAUUGCCAGAACUAU